GUAACAACAAUAACAAAAGCCACUGAGAGUCUACUCUCCUAUGGAGAAAGGAUUAGACACGAACGAGGCUGAUGACAAGGAAACCUGAUAAAAGGCUACUUGCAGUAAAGGGUACAAAGGAGAUGGUGGUCUGAAUUAGAAAUUGACAGUGAUACUGAAAAAUAGUGGGCUGAUUUAGAAAUCAGCAAGACUAAGUGACUGACUGAUCAAAUACACAAAGAAAAGCCCUAGUUUUCUGCCAGACGACUGAGUGGAUGUCUGUCCUAGCUAGGACCAGCAUCACCUCUAAACCACUAGGCCUCUUGGACUUUCUGGGUCCAGAUACCCAAGUCAUCAUGCACUUUGGUGACAUCAGCAUAUACAUGCACAUACCUUCACAAAGGUAGGUGAUGUGAGGGAAGUGUUGGUCUUGUCUGCUUGUGAAAAGGCAGUUGGGUUGUGUCUCCCAAACUGUGAUCAUGUGUCCAUGGUGAUCUAUAUUCCUCUGUUGGAGAACUGGAAAAACCAGGUUGGGAGACAUCUUUAAGGAACAUGGAACAGCCAUAUAGUGAGCACUGUUUUUGGGUGAAAUUUCCAGCCAAAUCAUGGUGUUCACCAUCAACUUACUCGACAGCACAGAACCUUAUCUAUUUCCUGAAAAACCCACACUAUGGCAGCCUUCUUCAUGCUGACGGCCAUGGUGAAGUAUGGACAGACUGGAACAAAUCGUCCAAGUUCUCUCAGUAUGGGUGGAGAUGCAACACCAAUGAGAACUCAUACUCCACCCGCACCCUGAUGGGCAACUGGAACCAGGAAAGAUACGACCUGAAGAACAUCGUGACGCCCAAGCCCUUGCCUUCCCAGUUUGGACACUACUUUGAAACAACGUAUGAUGCAAACUACAACAGCAAAAAGCCACAAUCUGCUCAUAGAUUUAAGCAAGAGCCUCAUUGGUUUCCUGGACAUCAGCCUGAGCUGGAUCCUCCUCAUAACAAAUGCACAGGAAAGUCAAUUUACAUGACUAGCUACUCAGAGCCUGUACCCACUCAUUACUCUUGGUGUAUAUGUGCUCCAAACAUGAACCAAUGUUAGGAUCCAGGACUCAAAGAAAUAAAAAGUAGCUUCACUUUUUUCUGGAGUAGAUUGUAGAAAGAAGCACUUUCUAGGUAGACUCAAACCUUGCUUUUAACAUAACUUCUGUCUAAAUAAACCACAGUCCAAAAACGAAACAAAACAAAAA